AUGAAUGCUAAUCUUAGAAACAGUCAAUAUUUACAAAGUAGCAAUGGUGGACACUUAGAUAUUAACUAUUUCUUUCUUUCUGUUUUACUUUACUUUCCUUUUCUUUUCCUUUGUUCAAAUCUUUAUUUCUUUAUUUUUCUUUCUUUCUUCGCUGGUUUCUCUUUCCUUUCCUUUUUCUUUGUUAGUCUAUUUAUUUCUUUUCUUCUUUCCUUCUUUUUCCUUUUCUUUGUUCGUUUCUUUCUUUCUUUCUUUUGCUUUUUCUUUCUUGGUCUCUUUGUUGGUUUAUUUCUUUUUUUGCUGAUUUCUUUCUUUCCUUUCCUUUCUUAUUUUUUUGUUCAUUUGUUGGUUGGUUUCUUUCUUUCUUUUUUCUCUUUCUUUCUUUUUUCUUUCUUUCUUUUUUCUUUCUUUCUUUCCGUUUUCUUUGUACGUGUCUUUCUUUGUCCCUUUCUUUGUCGCUUUCUUUCUUUCUUCGUUUCUUUUUCGUUUUUUUUUCUUUCCUUUCCUUUUCUUUGA